AUGGGUUCCGCGAGUCUUACCUUUUGUCCAGUCUCCCACGAAAUUUGUCAGUCGUCGUCAAUCGGGGCCGAGGUAAACUUCCCAGAUGAGACGGACACCCUGAAUCUUGACGCUCUCUCUGAAAAUGACAAGGGUUCUCUACGAAAAGUACUGUUUAACAACCAGGUAAUUGUGAUCCGGAACCGAAUGGAUAUAGACCCAGCCACAUUCCUGCAUCUCACCGAGGUUUUCGACACGACAUUCACAUAUAUUCUUUCUGCUGGGGGGAAGUCCGUCAGCAACUGCAACAACAUCAUUUCUGCCUACAGGGCAGGGAGGAUCCCUCGUGCUCCGCAGGUGAGCAUUAUUGGCAGCGGAAGGUUCGAUGAUUACGAAGGCAUCGACAAGCUGGAGGUUACACACUUGAUCCAGAAUGGAUACAUUCGCCCAUACAGAUGGCACAUGGAUACACCUUUCUCUGAACGCCUGCCUGGUGAGGUGACCAUUCUCCACGGAGUGCAGGUCCCCCAGAUGCCAGACCAGAAACUCAAGUUUCCGGAUGGUACUGAAAAGAAAAUCGCUGCCAAUGCGAUGGCUUUUUCCUCUGGCGCUCGGGCUUUCGAGUUACUGAGCAAUGAGGAGAAGGAGUUUGCCUUGAACACCACUGUGACAUAUGCUCCUCAUGCAUAUGAGUACAUCCGGCAGUGCAAGGCAACUGAUAACGGCCUUUUCAUUUCAUGUAUAGGAAGGGAUACCAAUCGCCGACCUGUCAGAGUGGUCCUGGGAUAA